GAUUUGCUACAUAUUCUGGUAAUAUUUAAUUAGUAUCUUCUUUUCGUUUUUGAAACGAGAUAGAUUCUUGAUAUUUUUCUUUAUUAUCUUAUAUUAUGGCUGAUGCUGUGGUUCAGCUCAAAUGUGGCUGCAAGCAUGACCCAUGGGGAAAGAAAGGAAAAAACUCCGUGGCAGGUCAGUUGUGGUCCAAAACGCCCGGGGCAGGCGAAUUAGAAGAUUCAGAGCUAUAUUCAGAGAUGUGGAUGGGAACAUACCCUACAGUCCCAUCAUAUGUGCUAUCCACAGGAGAAUUAUUGGCAGACUAUCUGAAGAAGAAUCCGCAGUUUAUUGGGAAGUCUGUUCUGGAUCGAUGGGGUCCAGAGAUUCCUUUCUUGCCAAAGAUUCUCUCCUUUGCCCAAGCUCUCCCCCUUCAGAUUCAUCCAGACAAGGCCCUAGCAGAGAAGCUCAACCUAGCCGAUCCCCAAAAGUUCGGCGAUCCCAACCACAAACCCGAAAUCGCAGUGGCCUUGUCGAAUUUCGAGCUAUUCGCAGGAUGGAAACCACUCGAGGAUAUCCAGAAGCUCAUGAAGCUGCACCCACUCGAACGCUUUGUUCCUCCCCACGAAAAGUUCGACGAUAAUCUCCUCCGCCAGGUGUGCAAGACGCUGCUGAGCAUGCCGCAAGUGGUCGUGGCCGAGACGGUCAAAGAGCUGCAGAAUAUCCCCGAGUCACAGUUUGGUCGCUACUCCUACAUCCCUGGCCUCCUGGAGCGUCUGCGCAGGCAGUAUUCUGAGUCGGAUAACGGCAAUCUGGUUGCCACGGUGCUGAUGAACUACAUGACGCUGGGACCGGGUGAUGCUGUCUGUGUGCCCGCCGAUAGCCCCCAUGCCUAUCUCAACGGUGAUAUUGUCGAAUGCAUGGCACGGUCUGAUAACGUGCUCAAUACUGGAUUCUGCCCCCGUCCGGCGCGGGAUAACGUGGAUCUAUUCGCGCAGGCCAUGACGUUCAAACCGCAUAGUCCCGAGGGGGCGAUGCUGUCGCGGAAAAAAAGUGACAAGGGGAUGAAUGGUCGGACAGACGAGUAUAAGCCUCCAUUCACCGAGUUCAAUAUCCUAGCGACGAGUCUUGGGGCUGGUGAGACAGAGACGCACAAGUCGAUUCUGGGACCGAGUCUCAUGAUAGUCACCAAGGGGUGUGGGAAGAUGAAUAUCCCCGACAAGACAUUGGAGUUGAAGGAGGGAUAUGUGUAUUUUGUUGGACAAGGCGUGGCGUUGGACUUUUCAACUGAAAAAGGAAUCGCGCUUUAUCGACCGUAUGCAGAGUGAUGAUUCUAUUGUUGUUGUUGGUGUUGGUGUUGGUAUAUUGUUGUAUGCAGGGAUAUUCACUACUAAAAAUUGAAACAAGAC